AUGGCGGAGGAAGAGCCAAGAAAAAAAAUCCCGUUGGUUCCAGAAAAUCUCCUGAAAAAGAGGAAGGCUUAUCAGGCCCUCAAAGCAACACAGGCCAAGCAAGCACUUUUGGAAAAGAAGAAGCAGAGGAAAGGGAAGGGGCUCAGGUUCAAGCGACUGGAAUCAUUCCUGAUUGAUUCACGGCGACAGCAGCGUGACACAGUACGCCUCAGACGACUAGAAGUGAAGCCUCAUGCCUUUAAGAUGCCAGAUGAACAUUCCUUGGCGUUUGCAGUGCGCAUCCGGAGGAUUAAUGGGGUGAGUCACCUGGUGCGGAGGACCAUUGCAAGACUCCGCCUGAAGAAGAUUUUCAGUGGCGUCUUUGUCAAAGUGACCCCUCUAACUCUAAAAAUGCUGCGUACAGUGGAACCUUAUGUGACUUGGGGGUUUCCAAAUCUGAAGUCUGUCCGGGAACUCAUCCUGAAACGUGGACAGGCCAAGGUCAAGAAUAAGACCAUCCAGCUUACAGAUAACACAGUGAUUGAGGAGCACCUGGGGAAGUUUGGUGUCAUUUGCUUAGAAGACCUCAUUCAUGAAAUUGCCUUCCCUGGCAAGUAUUUCCAGGUGGUCUCACAGUUUUUGCACCCC